CGUUCAUGUUCCCCAGCACUGAGUCCCGUCCACCAUUGACGGAAAAUUGAAAAUGACUUUGCAGAUUUCAUACUCUGUGUAUGUUAUGUCCACACCUAAAGCCCGCAGAAACGGCAGCAGAAUCAACUGAUGCUCCGUCCAUAGCCAGCCCCCUGUUCGCUAAUCAUUUAUCGCAGAAAGAGGGAGGAGCUCACCGAAGAGCCUUUGAGGCAUGGGGAUGGGGUGGUUGGCUUUCUCUCUUUUCAUAUCGUUGCUGUUUUUCUUCUUCUCUUUACGCCGGAGACGGGAAGAGAAUCUCCCACCUGGACCCAGAGGCUGGCCUAUUGUGGGCAAUAUCUUCCAACUGGGUUCCAAGCCUCACGCCGCACUUGCGAGCCUAGCUCGCACCCAUGGCCCCCUCAUCUCCCUCAGGCUCGGCACCCAGCGCGUCGUCGUUGCCUCCUCGCCCUCCGCUGCUUCCCUCGUACUCAAGACUCACGAUCAUUCACUGUCUUAUCGUGCUCUUCCUCAGGGUGGCAAGUUUCCUGAGUACGCCAACCACAGUCUGGUUUGGGCCGACUGCACCGACUCGUGGAAACAACUCAGAACCAUAUGCCGGACCCAGCUGUUUUCCCGCAAGAUGGUUGACGAUGGUGCAAAUCUCAGGCAGCAGAAGGUGGAGGAGAUGGUGGGGCGCCUCCGCUCCACUGAAGGGAAGGCUACCAACGUCGCCGAAGUAGUGUUCGAUACCAUCUUCGAUAUGUUGGCUAGCUGCAUCUUUUCAGAGGACGCAGAGGCGGCACUUGGCAGUGUCACCAAGAUGAAGGGGCUGACCAGGAAGUUGAUUGGCUUUGUAACUAAGCCAAACGUGUCGGACUACUUUCCGGUGGUCGCAGGUAUUGAUAUUCAGGGAAUUCGUCGGAAGUCAAGGGCUUAUACCUUGCAAGUAUAUGAGGUAUGGGAGGGCAUUCUUGCGAAGAGGAAGGAGCAGAGGGGGGACGGAGCAGUGAUGGUUAAGGACAACGAUUUUCUUGACGUCUUGCUUUCAAGUGGGUUCAGUGAUCUCCAAAUCAAAGCGGUGCUUUUGGACAUGUUCUUCGCUGGUACAGACACCACAACCACUACAGUUGAAUGGGCAAUGGCGGCACUCGUGAAACAACCAGAGGUCAUGACUAAGCUUCGCCGUGAACUCUCCGAUGCCUUGUGCUGCACCAGCAGAGCAGACUCGACCAUGUAUGAGAAACUGAGGGACUUGCGCUACCUCCAAGCUUGCAUAAAGGAAUCAAUGAGAUUGUACCCACCUGUGCCACUUCUCUUGCCACAUCGCGCAUCUGAAACCUGUCCAGUUCUGGGCUACACGAUCCCAAAAGGCUGCCAGGUGUUGGUGAAUUUAUGGGCUAUAGGAAGGGAUCCAACCACAUGGGACGAUCCCCUAGCUUUCCGGCCGGAGCGCUUCAGUGAUUCUCCUAACUUGGAUUUCAAGGGGGCUGAUUAUGAACUAAUCCCCUUCGGCUCCGGACGGAGAAUGUGUGCCGGUUUGCCACUUGCUGUUCGAACUCUGGAGUUGAUAUUGGCAGCUUUGGUGCACAACUUCGAGUGGUCAUUGCCAUAUAGCGCAGACCUCGGCCAGCUUGGAAUGGAAGAGAAGUUUGGCCUUACACUCCAAAGGGAGCAACCAUUGCAGCUCAUACCUAAGUUCAUUGAACACAAGUAAUUCUACAGGGGCAUUCGAUAAGAAGAACACUGUGUUCUUAUGCAUCUAGAACAUUGUCUUCUUACUUAGGAAAAAUACGGUUUGAUUGGGGACAUUGUUUCUAAAUUUAACUAUCAAACAUCUGACACAUGAUCAUCGUGCUCUUGAAACAUGGUCAUCGUGUUUUUGAAACAUAUGUUUUAGAAACAUGUAAUCAAAUGAACAUAAUGUUUCUUGUUGAUGCCCUUUAAGAGCUGAA